AUGAAUUCCAUUGAAUUUCCCUUACUUGAUCGAACAACUCAAAUUUCAGUUAUUUCAACUACAUCAAACGAUCUUUCAAAUUGGUCAAGACUCUCCAGUUUAUGGCCACUUCUCUAUGGUACCAGUUGUUGCUUCAUUGAAUUUGCUUCAUUAAUAGGCUCACGAUUCGACUUUGAUCGUUACGGACUAGUACCAAGAUCGAGUCCUAGACAGGCAGACCUGAUUUUAACAGCCGGCACAGUAACCAUGAAAAUGGCUCCUUCGUUAGUGAGAUUAUAUGAACAAAUGCCUGAACCAAAAUAUGUUAUUGCUAUGGGAGCAUGUACAAUUACCGGGGGAAUGUUCAGCACGGAUUCUUAUAGUACUGUUCGAGGAGUCGAUAAACUAAUUCCUGUAGAUGUCUAUUUGCCGGGCUGCCCCCCUAAACCCGAGGCCGUUAUAGAUGCUAUAACAAAACUUCGUAAAAAACUAUCUCGCGAAAUUUAUGAAGAUCAAAUUAAGCCUCAACAGGGGAAUCGGUGUUUUACUACCAAUCACAAAUUUCAUAUUGGCCGCACUACUCAUACUGGAAAUUAUGAUCAAGAAUUACUCUAUCAACUAUCGUCUAUCUCAGGAACCCCCCCUGAAAAAUUUUUCAAAUACAAAAGGUCCAUAUCGUCCCAUGAAUUAGUUUAG